UUUUCAUAACCCUGCGGUGCGCCUUCACUGUUUCUGCUCUCUUCAACUUCCGCUUUAAAUUAUCCUCCAACAAAUGAAAUGAGAUGAAAUUGAUUAUCAGAAGAGUAUUCUUCAAUUAUCACUAUCUUCCUGUGCUUCUAAGAUCACUGAACUUUACCAGAAGUUAUCGUGGUUCAACAACAGCCCAAUUUGAGAAUUUUGUAAAGUCUGGAGAGAUUAAAAAUCCUGAAAUUGCAAAGCUUUACUUUCAAAAAAUGAUUACAAUGAACCCAUUACCAUCAACAAUUACUUUUGAUCAUCUACUAACUUCAAUAUCCAAGCUUACAUGUUAUUCUGCUAUUUUUCCGUUGUAUAAAAUCAUGAAAAUGGUCGGAAUCCAACCUAGUAUCUACACAAUUAACAUUGUGAUCAACUGUUGUUGUAAAUUAAGUCAAGUUGAUCACGGGUUCUGUUUGUUUGGUGAAAUUCUGAAGAGGGGUUAUGAUCCUGAUAUAGUUACUUACAACACUUUGAUCAAGGGUCUCUGCAUGCAGGAACAGAUAGGUUCUGCCAUUGAUGUGUUUGAGAAAAUGACUGAGACGGAUGUUCGGGCUGAUGCUGUUACAUAUAAUACUCUUAUAUGUGGGUUUUGUAGCAUUGGUGAGGUCAGUGUUGGUUUGAAGUUGCUGAGAAUGAUGGUAAAUUGGCACUGCAGGCCCGAUGUGAUCACUUAUACUUCUUUGAUUCAUGGAUUUUGCAGUUUUGGUCAGGUAGAUGAAGCAAUCAAACUCUUUGAUGAGAUGUGUAGACGAGGAAUUUCAGCUAAUAUUAUCACUUACAAUUCUUUAAUUCAUGGUUUAUGCAAGUAUGGGCGGUGGGAGGAAGGGAGGAAAUACUUUUAUCAACUGAUGGACCGAGGAAUCUCACUGAACGUAGUAACGUUUAGUGUUUUAAUAGAUUCUUUCUGGAAAGAAGGUAAAAUUAAAGAGGCUUGUUAUGUCUUUGGAAUGAUGAGCGAGUUAGGCAAUGACCCUACUGUGGUAACUUAUACUUCCAUGAUAAAUGGCUACUGCAAGAAUUUCAGGUUGUAUGAAGCUGUUCAACUCUUCAACGAUAUGCAACACAAAGGUAUCCAGCCCAACCAAGUUACUUAUAAUAUACUAAUAGAUGGACUAUGCCGGAAUGGAGAGGUUGGAACUGCAAUAUACUUGUUUAAUGAGAUAAAAUCUAGUGGACAAUCCUUAGACCUAAUAACAUAUGGUGCACUGUUAAAUGGGCUCUUAAAGAACCAAGUAGUUGACAAAGCAAUUGAAAUAUUUCAUUCCAUGGAGGAUAAUGGCUUCAAAGCUAACAUUUGUAUCUACAAUAUACUCAUUGAUGGGUUGUGCAAGGCUGGGAAACUGGUAUAUGCAGGGCAACUAUUUUGCGAACUUUGUGAUAAAAGAUUGGUUCCGGACAUUAUAACAUAUACUACAAUGAUAAAUGGCCUAUGCAAGAAAGGGAUGUCACUUGAGGCUGAGAAAAUUAUUAUCGAAAUGGAAAAGAAUGGUUGCUUACCUGACACUUUCAUGUAUAACACCAUUAUUCAAGGUUUUAUUUUCGAACAAGAUGUCAAUAAGGCAAUGCAUUUUCUUCACGAGAUGCGUGAAAGAAAACUUGUUCCGGACGUUGCUGUGAUUUCAUUGUUAAAUAAUACUCUUGCGCUGGAUCAACUUGAUAACUAUAAUUAUUCUCUGAAACAAGUUAAUGAUUGAGCAGAGUACCUGCUUCAGCUACUUUGCAUGGUACUAAGGCAUUGGCGUUCUUCUCCAUUUGGGGUGUUCUCACUGUCCCUAAGAAGGUUUUCACUGUCAAAAUAUUGUACAGCAGAAAGCAUCCUACAAGUUAUCUCGAGUCUUGCUUGAAAAUAGCUCUCGAUAUGGCCUGAAUUAUGAUGUUUAUUUCACCAUUUUUUCUUUCCCUUACUGUUGGUGUGUAUGUGUUCAGUCCACCUCACCAAAUUGCAAGCAUUGUUGCAACAAACAUGGGCGGAAACAGUAGAUGGUGUAGAGUACGUCAUCUGGUUAUGUAAGCAUAGGCAAUAUAACCAUCAAAGGUGUUUUCCCUUGACAUUGUUUAAUUCAGCAAAUUGGGGUGGAGUAAUUCAUCAUGAAUUACAAAGAUUGUUAUGUGCACUUGUAAUUCAAGAUGAAUUACAAAGAUUGGUUAAGGAAUGCAGGACUUUUGUCCCUCCAUUCACCAAUGGCAUUUUGCAGAAUUACGAGGACAGUAUAGUCGCUAAGAAAAACUUCGGAACGUUUCUAACUGCCUUUUAUCCCUACUUGUUUGAAUACCAACAUUUCCAUUUUGGGCACCCCAGUACUUGGGCUUUUAGAAUACUGAUGCCUAUAUUAUUAGCGGAACCGUAAGCUGCCAGACAAAUUUGCCCCCUAUACCUCUCAUGUAGUAAUCUGAUUUUAUUGCUGGUGUAAUCCCUUCUUCUUCCUUAUACGGAAAAUUUUAUUAAUUAAUUUACAUGGAUAAAAUCAAAAAUAAUAUGUGA